AUGCUGGAGAAGUACAACAAACGAAAACGCAAGUUCAGCAACCUGCCCAAACCUGCAUUUGAGGAUAGUCCACAUGUCAAAUGUAAGAAGUGUCCAGACGAUCUAAGAAGAAGAGCACAGGGACUUUACAAAUGUGCCCACUGCAGGAAACAGUUAAAUGGAAUUAAAAAGCUGCAUCACCACCUGGAUCACCAUAGAGCAAUGAACGUGAAGGCUGCAGAGACAAAAGAAUCAUUGGUUAUUACAACAACACCAGAGGCUACAUCCACUGAAAUGUGUAGGCAAGAUGAACUGCCUGUGUUCGAAACCGUGGAGGAGCUGACUCAAUGGAAUGUGACACCAGUGGAGACCUUCACUUUGCCAACAAGUCCUCUGUCGUCACCUUCGAAAUUCACUGAUCUAGAGCAGCCAGAGCUGAAAUCAAGAGGAGACAAACACACUUGCAAACAGUGUGGGCGCGCAUUCAUGUCUUUGAAAGGUUUGCGCUCACAUGAGCGCAGCCAUGCAGCCCUGGCAGCCAUCAAGAAACUGGACAAUCUACAAACCUUAGCAGUGAAGCACAAUAUUAACAAAUAUGUCAUCUACAAAUCUGGGACGUUAAGGCCUUUCUUAUGUAGUUUCUGUUCCUAUCGGACAACCGUCUUGGGCCUGUGGAGGAGUCAUUUUAUGAGAAAACAUCAAGAUGUCAUUAUGGAUCCUGUGGAGCCUGACGAUGAAGAUGAGGAAAAUGCUCUGAGAGCCAACAAGGAGCCUCCUAUUUUGUCAAAUGAAAAUAAUUAUUUACCUGAAUCUGAUGAAGAACCUGAAAUUGCUAAAAGUUCACUGUACUUGGAGCCUCCAGAUGUGCAGCGACAGUUGAACCACUACAACUUGAUGGCACAGACUGGUGUCUCAUCUAAAGCGAACUUGCAAGAUACUGACUUACCUGAAAACAGUCUGCUUAACUGUGAGUUUUGCAACUUCAGCACUGGACACCUGUCCAGUAUGCGAAGACACUACAUAAACCGCCACGGGAAGAAGAUCCACAGGUGUAAGGACUGCGACUUUUUCACUGGUUUAAGGAAAACACUGGACAUGCACGUACAGACUGGUCAUUCUACCUUCCAGUCAGAGCCUACUUAUCAGAGGGACCUCCGCUGCCCUUUCUGCCUCUACCAGACCAAGAACAAGAACAACAUGAUCGAUCACAUCAUCUUGCAUCGUGAGGAACGUGUUGUGCCAAUAGAGGUGCGUCGCUCUAAGCUGUCGCGCUACCUUCAAGGCGUCAUCUUCCGCUGUCACAAAUGCACUUUCUCAAGCGGCAGCGCUGAAAACCUCAGUUCGCACAUGACGAAGCAUGAUGACAUCAAACCGUACAAGUGUCGGCUGUGCUACUUUGACUGCACUCUGCUGAGUGACUUGGAGGCGCACCUGAGUGAUAAGCAUCAGGUUGUGAGGAAUCACGAGCUUGUGGGUCAGGUCAGCCUUGAUCAGCUUGAAGCAAGGGAUGGUAGGAUACCUGAAGUGCAGCAGGAACCGCUGAAAAACGUGGAGCACCACAACAAUGAGAGUGAGAAUGUAGAAACAGAGGAGUUUGUUAAAGAUGGUAAUGAGGUCCUAUGUGAGACACAAUCUGAGAGCCAGGCAGAAAAUAACAUCACAGGCAGGAAACAAACAGAAAUUGUGUUCUCACCAGACACAGCAAGAGGACAGAGGAUAGGAGAUAAAGUAGAGCAAAAUACUGGGGAAGGAAACAAUGCAGGCAUCCAGUUUGAGGACUGCAGUGGCCCAGAGAGAGAGAGGCAGACAAAUGAGAACAAAAAAGAAGAGGAAGCAGAGGGGAGCUCAACAAAAUGUGGUAAAAGCGAAAGUGAAAAAACAGGGCCCCACAAGUUAAAUAUUGAGGCAUUUAAGCAGAGAAUGUUGAACAUACACAAGAAGGCACAUCAGGAUAGAACGGCUAAGAUAGAGCAGAACACUGAGACUGAAUUUAAAGUUAAUUCAGAGGAAAAGAAAAAUAACAUCAGGGGUCAGGAGGGUUUUAAAAUUGAAGGGCAUUUGCCCAACUGCGCGCAACAUCACAUAAGCCACAAGGAGAGCUUAGGCAUCUCAUUUACAAACUGCAAAGAGGAACAAGUGCACAGUCAGAAAAACAGUGAUGAGGUAACAGACCCUUACGGAGAAAUGCCAGUGCUCGAGAAUGAAUAUCUGAAGAAAGAAACACAAACUCUUGGAUGUUGCAAGGAGGAAGAAGAGGACCAUCAUCCUGAGCAGAAGCAGGAGGAAGAAGAGGACCAUCAUACUGAGCAGAAGCAGGAGGAAGAAGAGGACCAUCAUCCUGAGCAGAAGCAGGAGGAAGAAGACAAAGUGGUCACUGAAGGCAGCGAGGAUGAGUUAGACAGGAUAAAGGAAACUGACAGUCCACAUGCACACAAAAGUGCAUUCACAGCAACCAGUGCUGCUUCUGAAGUCCUGUGCCCAUCAGUCGCAGAUCAGAAACUUUAUACCUGUGAGUUUUGUGGACGAAACCUCAUGAACAGCUCUGAACUGAAGCGUCACAUUAUGCGACAUGGAAUAUAACGUUUUUUCUUUACGUUGAGGACGUCAGAAAUGGCUUCCACUGUUAAUCUUUGUUUAGGAAGCUGGAUUAUAUUUUCAUGAACCGUCCUCCAGUCUUAUACUGUACUGUGUAUUUGUAAACAACUUGUUAACAAAUUCAUUUUUAAUUUUUCAUAUUUUUUUAGAUUUUAAACUUUUUCAAAUGAAAUGUUUUUAUAGUACAGUUGUUGUGAGUAGGAUUUGUGUGAUUCAAUAAAUACAACUUCCAAGCUGGUGACUGUACAGUGUGUGACACAUUGUCAUUAAGAUCUUAUUUACAUGAGUUUUGUUCCAAAACACUAAUGGAUAUGCAUGAAUUACUAUCAUGCAUAUAUCCUCUCUUUUUUAUUUUAUUUUUUCAUUCCUGCAGUUUAUGUGAAGGGAGACCUUUUUCAGAGGGUACUACUGUCUUUACACUGUUAACUAUUGUUACAAUGCUUUUGCUGCCUUCAGGUGCUGUUGGGUAUUUGGACUUCACGUGUACCUUGCUUCUGAGCAGAUGAUGUUUCACGUUAGUAAUAAACUUAUGUUUACAUUUCAACCUUUAUGUCCUAUAAUAACAUUUACUUUUGUCUUAAAUAAACUGAAAGUGUUGCUGCUGGUGAGAUGUAGUCCAGUGUAUUGUGAAUAGUGGGCAUUUGUAAAGAAACAACUGUUUUUAUAACAGAGUGGAUGAAACUGUUAUUGUUAUAUUUGGAAGCCCAAGAUGGCCGUGAUCCAAACUUUUUUCCCUCCAUUUUCUGGUUGUGUUUAGUUGUUUUCUCAAGAUUUCCAGUUAUUUAUAUCUUCAUCACUUUCCUAGGCAGUUACCUGCUUUGCUCAGUUGGUAAUCCAGCCUUGCUGAUCAGUUAACAUUGGAUCCUAAAGUAAAAUUUAUAAACAUUUUAUAAAUGGUGCCUUAUCAGAAAGUGGUGCUGCUCUUCUUAUACCUCUGGUAUGUCCAGUUUUGUUUGUACAUCAAUUCUCAUGCACAUACUGUCAUGUUAAUGUCUUAAUAAUGUGUUAAUAAAAGAAUUAUGAACACACUGAU